CUGAUUGGUCAAUUGCUUGGAAUAAAUUCGUCUCGCGCCCAUCCGCUUCCUCUUUCUUUCACGCGACCCUACGCAGUGAUCCAACCUUGUCUUUAAACCAGCUUUUAAGCGAUCCUUGGAAGCACUGUCAAGAUGCCCAGGGAAGACAGGGCCACGUGGAAGUCCAACUAUUUUAUGAAAAUCAUCCAACUUUUGGAUGACUAUCCAAAAUGCUUCAUCGUGGGGGCAGACAACGUGGGCUCCAAGCAGAUGCAGACCAUUCGUGUGUCUCUGCGUGGCAAAGCCGUGGUGCUGAUGGGUAAAAACACCAUGAUGCGCAAAGCCAUCCGUGGUCACCUGGAGAACAAUCCUGCCCUGGAGAAGCUUCUGCCUCACAUUAAAGGGAAUGUGGGGUUUGUCUUCACCAAGGAGGAUCUGGCUGAGGUCAGGGACUUGCUGCUUGCCAACAAGGUACCAGCAGCUGCCCGUGCUGGAGCCAUCGCCCCUUGUGAUGUGACGGUGCCCGCCCAGAACACCGGGCUGGGUCCCGAGAAGACCUCUUUCUUCCAGGCUCUCGGUAUCACCACCAAAAUCUCCAGAGGAACCAUUGAAAUUCUGAGCGAUGUCGGUCUGAUCAAGACUGGCGACAAAGUUGGUGCCAGCGAGGCCACGCUGCUCAACAUGUUGAACAUCUCACCCUUCUCCUUUGGACUCAUCAUCCAGCAAGUGUAUGAUAACGGCAGUGUGUACAGUCCUGAGGUGCUCGACAUCACCGAGGCUUCUUUGCACACCAAGUUCUUGGAGGGUGUGAGAAACAUCGCUAGUGUGUGUCUGGAGAUUGGCUAUCCCACUCUGGCUUCUGUCCCUCACUCCAUCAUCAAUGGCUACAAGCGAGUCCUGGCUGUGGCUGUGGAGACAGACUACUCCUUCCCUCUGGCAGACAAGGUCAAAGCCUUCCUGGCUGACCCAUCUGCUUUUGCUGCUGUCGCAGCACCUGCAGCAGCUGCUGUAGAGACCGCUGCAGCUCCAGCCGCUAAGGAGGAGGUGAAGGAGGAGUCUGAGGAAUCAGAUGAUGACAUGGGCUUKGGUCUGUUCGACUAAAAAAAAAUACAGCGAACAGAAUGUUUGAAUCAAAAAGAACAUGAUUCAAUAAACUUUGAUAAAACUUU